AAAUUUAUUAAUAUUGUUGUGUUUGUCAGUAAUGUCUCCGUCGGGUAAACAAUACGUUGAGAUCGAGAGUGAAUGCAAAGUAAAGGACAGAGAGAUUAAACUCAAUGGCUAUCAACGGACCGCACAGUCAAUAUUUGUAACCCUGGCACUAUUGGUAGCCGUGAGCACCGGCAUUGAACUCUACUAUAAUCUGAAAAAGAAAAGCUUUGGUCGCAAAAAAGUCAUCAAACAGUCCUUGCUCAUAUUUUCGGCCAUAAGCAACACAAAGUUACUAUUCAGUCGGGACCCCAAGCGUCUCAAUACGGUCUCUACAAUAUUGUUGGCGUUUAUAUCCCUUGAACUGAUGGGUCGGUCAUACGUUAUG